AAGGCAACUAUGCGUGAAGCUGCUAUUCGUGCCAAUAUCAUCAACCGCUGGGAUCAUCCCAACAGACUGAUGCUGAUUAGUGAACCUGAAGCUGCUGCUCUUUAUUGUGAAAAGAAGUGCGAUCAGUUCAAUCUGGGACACGGUCAACGCUUCUUGAUUUGUGAUGCUGGUGGUGGUACUGUCGACUUGAUCGUGUUUGAGAUUGACGAUUCAGGUGAACGAAGAGCUUUAAAGGAAGUGACCAAGGGUUCUGGUGACUCAUGUGGUUCAACUUUCUUGGAUAUUCGUAUGCGAGAAUACUUGAAAGAUAGAUUUUAUCAUCAUGGCAAGAUAAGCGAUACAGCUAUGGAGUCCAUGAUGGAAACCUUUAUUGAUACAAUCAAGCCUGAAUUUGAUGGCGAUGAAGAUCAAUAUCUAGCACUUCCUGCAGCAUUGGGAAUUGAAGGUUUAGACGAUCCUGAUGCAGGCAUUGAAGACGGCACCCUCCAUAUUCCCUGCCACGAACUACGCCAACGCGUAUUUGAGCCAGUCAUUAACCAAGUAAUUGAUUUGAUUGAAGAACAAGUGCAGCUAUCUUCCAUUAAGCUGGAUGCUAUCUUUUUAGUCGGUGGUUUUGGUCAAUCAACAUACCUGUAUAGACGUGUUUUGGCCGAGUUUCAAUCUCGAGUUGGUUUUAUUGGUGUACCACCUCGUGGUGAAUUAGCAGUAGUCCGUGGUGCUGUUUAUUUCGGAUUAAAUCCACAUAUGGUGACUGAGCGUGUGUCGAGACGUACUUAUGGUCUUGAGACUCGUAUGGUCUUUGAUCCUCGCCAUGAUCCCCCUGAACAAUGUAUUAAAGGUGACGAUAACCGCUUGUUCUGUAAGCAACGGUUCAGUGUAUAUGUACAGAAAGGACAAACAAUCAAUGUGGAUGAAUGUGUCUCUAAGAACUUCAUGAUUGCAUAUCCAAAUGAUACCGAUACAGAUUUAUUCGCUUAUGAUGGUGAUGGACCUAUUCCUCGUUUAACUACGCAUCCCAACGUAUUCAAAGUAGCCAGAUUCCCUAUCAAAAUGCCCAAGUUUGCAGAUGUACAAAAGGGCCAACCUGUGUUUAUGACCAUUAAAAUGUAUUUUGGUCAAACAGAAAUCAAGAUUGAAGCACAAAUUCGUGAUCGUAAAUUCACUUUUACUUCUGCUUUUGAGACAAUGGAAAGAGAAAUGAUGCAGUCACUCAAUUCACAGACAAAUAUGUUGUCCAUCAAACCUGAUGAAGAACAUAAUUCAUUAGCACCAGGCUAUGGCAAUGGAGGAAUGUAUGGUUACACCGGCAGUAGUGCUGGGUCAAAUGUGUCAGCGGGAUAUACGAACCAAUCCCGCCCACCUUCAUUACCUUCUCGAGACAACGGUUAUCCUUCUCCUAUGUCAAAUCCUCGUAGUGACAAUGACAAUACGUUCUAUGACGGUGAUUCCAGGCACUCUGCUUCUAACACAGGCAGUUCGAGGAAGAUUUUUGGUAUCAAGUUUGGUAAAAAACGCUAAUCUCUUUAUACAUUAAUAAUAAUAAACAAUAAUUUGAUGCUCAA